CAGGGUUCGAGUGGCAGGCAACAAUUACGCUUUGCAGUUGACAUGCACUUCAUUUCCGGUAAGACUUGCCAAUUGGUCCUGUCGUGCAACAGGAGGAAGAUAAAAUUUUGUUGGACCGGCGUAAUACCGACCAGAUGUGCCAUGGGCAUGAAGCGCAUGAUAAAAAGGCCUUGGGAUAAUGUCCCAUUUUGUGAUCAAUUUCCCAACCCUCACAAAGGAUAACAAGGGUUCUCCUGCUUCCCUACUGUUUUAACCUGUCGCCCAGAGUCUACAGAUGGAUAGUUUACGCGCGCACCGUAGAAAAAGACACAAGCGCACCAUAAAUUCAUCCAGAUUAACACGACAAAACCUGUUGUCCUCAUGGUUAGAGCGUCGCAUGCACGAGGAAAUCCAGGAGGUUCACAGCAUCAUGAAUCUCCUUGAAAACUACCGGUCAGAUGCCACAAUGGAGGAUUCGGACGGAUCCUGCACCCCACGAAGCAUCAUUCGGGUAAUGGAAUCGUUAACAGAGGGUACAGAGGGCUCAUUGCCCCAUGGCACCCGCAGUGCCGACUGUGUAACUCAGCCUCAGUACAGCAUGUACUCUGCAGGCAUUCCGACAUUUUCUGACCCGCAUGUCAGGGAAUCGUCAUCAGAUGGUUUGGAUGCUCGCCUCGAUUUAUUGCUCCAUGGCACGUCCAAUUCCGUCUAUGAGCCCGCUGCGAAACCCUUCCAGAGAAUUUAUUUCGAGCCGGGAAAUGCCCUAUUGAGUUCUGCAGCCAGACCUGAUGCGGAACUGUUUGUCCCCGUUGGGCAGGUUAACCAAGCAAAGGUAAAAUGCACCUGGGAUAAAUGCUCGGCACUCAUCAACAAGGAUAAUCUCACUCGUCACGUCACAGAAGUGCACGAAGGGAGGAUUAAGGCUGUUUGUCCAGGCUGCGGAAAGGAGUUCAAGUGUCCGUACCAGAUGAAUAAGCAUAGGCCGCUUCGGACGGAUGUGGAAUGUCCUAGAUUGUGA